AAGAAAACGUGAUUUCAAUGAAACAGUCUCGAUCAAAAAGCCAAGUGCAGACAAAAGGCUGAAAAGACCUAACAACACUGUUAGAGAAAGUAAGCGUCUUUGUGGUAGUAAAGGCAGUUGGGUUAAGCAAAGAAUAUCUAAGAAUGAGACAAGGAGAAUUUAA